AUGAAUGAAUGGUACAAUAUUCGCGUCGCCUGGUUUAGCUUUUCCACGCCACAGCCAUAGUGGUAACGUUGCCAGUUAGUCAACCAAGUUAGUCGGUCAUCGGCGGUUGAUCAGACUAGACUCCGAACUUCAUUAUCCAUAAUUUGGGUACUUUUAUCGCACAAAUCGCACAAACAAUCACGCGCAUUGUAUUGCGGUAACCUACGGUACAGACGUGAUGCCAUCGGUAUAUAUCCGCUCGUAUGUUUAGUCGAGAGUGUGAGUUUCUUGCGGUGACUAAUUGUAGCAGGUUGUGGAGAAAAAAGAAUUAUUUAAGAAGUGUUUUUGCUUUCGAUGCUUUUCUAAAUUGAUAGCUGGUGUUUCCUCACGGUGAACGAAGAAAUUUUAGCAAAUGUGUCCACUCCGUAAGGGAGUUUAGUGCAAAGAGAAGCUGCUGAAAAGAAAUCCGGUGAAAAGUGACCUCAUCAUAUUUGAACCAAACUUACCAUAAAUUAUCGGCGGCAACGGAUAAAAGUGCCUUCUGGUUGAACAAUGGCCCCUGAUAUUGCAGAUCCUAGCGUGGAUCCCACUAGUCAUCAAUGUAGCAGUAAUACUUCCACCUCAUGCACAGCACCGUCAGUGGUACAGCAACGGAUAGUUAGUUCCGAUACCAAAGCAAAUCUAGUCAGAAGCAAAGAUGACAAUAACAAUCAGAUCGAACCAAAAGAAAACGCCACAAGUGAGGAGUUCCGACCGCAGAUCCGGUGGCCAGACUUUUUUGCCCAACUGUUUCUGCACUUGGGCUUUCUUAUAGGUCUGUGGUACUUAGUGACACUUCAGGCGAAAUUGUACACCGUUCUAUGGACAAUAUUUUUGGUUUGGGCUUCCGGUUUGGGUAUAACAGCAGGAGCUCAUCGUCUGUGGUCGCACAAAUCCUACAAAGCCAAAUGGCCUCUGCGGUUGCUGCUAAUGUUUCUGUUCACAAUAUGUGGUCAGCGGGAUGCAUACACUUGGGCACACGAUCAUCGCGUGCAUCAUAAGUAUUCGGAAACGGAUGCCGAUCCACACAACGCCAAGCGAGGAUUCUUUUUCGCUCACGUAGGCUGGGUCUUUCUGACUCCUCAUCCGGAAGUGGUGGCCAAGCGGAAGAUCAUAGACAUGAGCGAUCUGGAGGCAGACCCUAUCGUCAUGUGGCAGAAACGAUACUACAUUCCACUGUUUGCCCUGCUGGUCAUUGGCAUUCCGGUGCUCGUUCCUUACCUCUACUGGUCCGAAAAUGUGUGGAUAGCAUUCUGGGUGUGCUUCACAGUUCGCUUCACUACCACCCUUAAUAUUGCUUUCUUCGUGAACAGUGUUGCUCACAUGUUUGGUAACCGGCCGUACGAUAAGAAUAUCAGCCCGGUUGAGAAUCUCUCGGUCGCAAUUGCUGCCAUGGGAGAAGGCUGGCAUAACUAUCACCACGUGUUCCCGUGGGAUUACAAAACCGGUGAAUUGGGCAGCUACAUGUUCAAUGUAACGACUGGAUUCAUCGACGCCUUUGCAAAACUAGGCUGGGCCUACGAUCGUAAAUCUGUUUCCCCUCAGAUCAUCGAACGACGAGCCGCCAAGUACGGCGAUGGCACUCGUUUCUUGACGGAUGAAUGUGCGCAUAAAGACCCUGUGUGGGGUUUCGGUGACAAAGAUAUAUCCAAAGACGAUUUAGACGAAAUCGAGAUGUUGCAGAAUUAGGUUAAGUCAUACAUACCUAAGUAUUUUGCCAUGUGAUUGUUUAUUGUGCCGUAGAGAUGUACCAAACGCAGUACUAAUUGAGAAGUAUUUUGAGCUCAACAAACUAAGGACAAAAGUAAAUAAAAUAAAAUGUAAUGAA